UGAUUGAAAAAAUGACCUGGCAUCCGUGUUUUUGUUACCUCUCUGAUUUCCAUCAGUUCACUUGUUUUUAAAUUGGUAAUCAUUUACAAGGUCAACUUAAUAAUCUCGAAGGAUCAUAUCAAUUACUACAAAAUGGUACGUGCAUGGUUUAUGAACAAUGAAACAACAGACCAGCGACUGGAACAUCAUCUUAAUCCUCCCGUUUUUCUGAAUCUUGAUGAAUUGUUCAACAACACUGGCGUUGAGUAUUUCAAGAUAAGCACUGAAACAUUUGAAACAGAUGGAGUGUUGAACAAAAUUCGUCAUGAACGGGGAUACAGCUAUGAAGAUGAAAUAAUCUGCUCUAAGGAGUGCUUGCAAGAUUAUGACGAAAAGUUGAAAAUAUUUUUCACCGAACAUCUACACACGGAUGAGGAAAUUCGUUUCAUCGUUGAAGGAUCAGGUUAUUUUGAUGUGCGCAAUGGCAAAGACGACAUAUGGAUAAGAAUUGAAGUGGUUGCUGGCGAUCUGAUUAUUAUUCCCAGUGGCAUCUAUCACAGGUUUACAUUGGAUGUCAAGAAUUACAUCCGAGCCAAGCGUUUUUUCGUAGGAGAACCUGUUUGGACUCCGCACAAUCGUCCAUCCGAUGAGAUGUCGUGCCGCAAAGAAUAUUUGAAAAAACUUGAAACUGGGUUUAAAUGCAAUUAAUUAAUACAAUCGUUACAAACGAGGCAUUGGUCAUCGCUGUAAACUUGUAAUUAUGGAUCGAGAGAUUUGAGUAUAAACGUUGAGCAAAUAAAUCAAUGAUACCUUUAUGGUGAUAAUGAAAUGUA